AUUGAUCCCAUAUUACGCCCAUUUCAGUGACUCUGCAACGAGAGGGCGCCUCCAGUGAGUGGUGUAUUGCAUGUGAUGUAGAGGUAGAGGACUGGAGGACUCGGAGGAAGUGUUGAAUAUAACAGAAUCACUAUUAAUAUCAUAUGAUAUGAAUGUAAGCCAUUCCUACAACUCGUCAUCCAAUCAACAAUUGGGUGUAAUUGUCCUCAAUUCCGACGGAUCCAUAUCCGAGUCUUCAGGAGAACUGAUGAACGACAAGAAAACGGCACAAAUAAUCUCAUGGAUUAUCUCAUCGAUUCAGAUGAAUGAAUGCGCGAAUCCAAGUGAUGGACACUUCAAUACUAUUACCAGUAAGUGAUGAUUGAACUGACAUUACAUUGUAAUUGCAAUCACUGUUAAUGUAAUACUCUAUGAAUUGAGUCCAAUUUGCUGACCACUCGUAUUGGGUACACAUCUCGCCAAACAAGUCAACUGUCAUUAAAUGCAAACUCAAUCCAACCCUCGCUCUCAACACUUGAUCCCAAACCGCUUCAUAAAUAUUAUAUCAAUUAUACAAUUGUUAUUAUUAUUAACUAAUAAAUAAGUAUAAUAUAAGAGUAAUAA